GCAAAUUACGAGGGGCCCGUGAAUGCAACGGGAUGGAAGGUGGGUUUUUCUCCUCUUUUUUUUUUUGGUAACUUUUUUUUUUUUCUUUUUGGGGAGGGGGCACAAAGCAUUUCCUUUUACCAUUUGCAUCACACAGUGGACCAACAAUCAACCCCUGCCUGCACAAAUUAGUGAACAUUAGAGCGAACGGAGUCUCGGGAGGAUGCGACAGAAAUAAUCGGAACUCUGCGGAAAUAAAGGAGAGGACGAAGUUUCAGGGACUGGCAGCCAGAGUUUGACGCAAUUCUUUCCCGGACACCAGGAAUAGUCCGGAGUGUCACCAUGGAAGCGUAUCCCAGGAAAAAAUAAAUAAGAGAAUCUCUCUCUUCUUGAAGUCGGAGGUGAUUUGAGAAUGUGAAAGUGUUCUCUGAGGUUUUCCAGAUGUGUCCUCUGAUGCAGGCUACUCACUGACACACAUUCACACCCAGAGGAAACCAGCAGGAGCAGGAUUCCUUCAUUUCUCUCGGAUUCUUUCUUUUUCUUUUUUUUUUUUCUAUCAUCGCUUGUACUACACAUGUUUGUCGUCUGCUAUCAUCUUUUACAUGUUAAUAAAAAUUAUUUUUUACUAUUCGUCCUGGAUGUAACGGCGGUUUGGAAUAUGGACAACACAAUAUAAACUUUUUAUUCUGACGUUUUUAUGAAAAUGUUAUUUGGGUGAAGUCCUGGGAAACUCACACGGGAAGCCCAAUGAGUGGCCCACAGUCAACACUCACUGACAGGACCCCGAGCAUUCUCAACAAGGACCCCACAGACAAGAAACCAAAGAAUGAGAAGUCCCCCGUCUCCCUCAAACAUGAGUUUGACCCAACAGGUCUGGUCCACCGCUGCGUGAUAAUCCAGAGAGAUGAAAAUGGCUUUGGGCUGACAGUAAGUGGAGACAAUCCCGUGUUUGUGCAGCUGGUCAAAGAAGAUGGAGCUGCAAUGCGAGCUGGUGUCCAGACAGGAGAUAGGAUCGUUAAGGUUAACGGGACCUUAGUUACGCAUUCAAACCACACAGAGGUUGUAAAGUUAAUCAAAUCGGGUUCCUAUGUAGCUCUGACAGUGCUGGGGAGGCCUCCAGGGCUUCCUCAGAUUGCCCUGGAAGAGGACAAGCAGGAGAAGGAGGAGGGGGGAGAUGUCGGCAUGGCCUCCUCUCUCUUGUCAGGUGGGGAGCUAUGCGGCUCCCCGACCAACAGCCUCCGGGACCAUGGCACCACCUCUAUGAGUGACGGGGGCGGAGCCUCAGGAUCCAGGAAUGGUGAAGCUGAAGAAGGAGACAGCGGGUCUCCUCUGAGGGAUCAGACCUUGUCCUCACAGUGCGACAACGGGACUUUGGUCAAUAACAACUCUAUGCACAGCAGUCCACUCACAGAGAGUCCUGGCAAACGAGAAACGCCCUGUCAGAGCCCGAACGUUAUCCGCAGAGACGGCCUCAACAUCAGCUCGUCGCCAGACACCGAGAACACACCUGACACUGACUCCAGUACCCAGUGCACUGUGAGUAGCCCUCCCUACCUCCUCAACCCCCAGAUUAUUGGAGCCGAAGAUGACGACUUCGACUCUCAGCAAGAGCAGAUCAAUGGAUAUUGUAGCUGCUUCCAGAGUAUUGACUUGCUGAAGUGUCGGCCGGCUCACCUUGCAGUUUUCCUCCAUCAUGUGGUCUCGCAGUUUGACCCUGCUUCUCUGCUUUGUUAUCUCUACGCUGAGAUGCACAAGCAAACCAGCUCCAAAGAAAGUCGACGCUUCUUCAUGGAGUUUCAUUCGCUCUUCAUGGAUCGAACUGCGAAUCUUAAAGUUCCAGUGCCGGAGGCGGUUGCAGCUGAACUUGAGAAGCGGCGGCUGGAGUUGAUUCCAGAGGACCUAUGUAAACAGUACACUCAGACGCUACAGGACACGCUCUUACCAGACCUGCACAAGAACCUGGAAGACUUCAGGCAGAAGCGCAGCAUGGGUCUGACGCUCGCUGAAGACGAGCUGUCCAAGCUGGAAUCGGAGCAAGCCACGGAGAAGGAAUGCUCCUGUGCUGAACACAUCCUCUCCAAGAUAGAGGACAUCCUGUUGACGUCGCAGCCCUCAGAAGAGGAGAAGUGCCAAACAAUGCAGUAUGUGAUUCUCAGCUACAUGAAGCACCUCGGGGUGAAAGUGAAGGAGCCGCGUGGCCUCGAGCAAAAGCGAGCGCGGAUCAAUUUCCUUCCCAAGAUUAAGAAAAGUAUCAAGCCCGAGAAGGAAGGUGAGGAGAAGGUGAAAAAGCCUCGGUUUCCCAACAUCCUCGGCCCGCCCCGGCGUCUGAGCAGAGUAGACUCCACUUUAGUGGGUAAAGCGGUGGAGCUGAACAAGCAGCGCUCUCCAAAGCUCCCGCAGCCAGCCUUCGGCAUCCCCGAGGUUUCUGACUCUUCCGCCUCCGGACGGAUCCGUGCGAAUCUGCUCAGCGAGGGGUCGGACACCAGCACCCAGUCUUUGCCUUCCACCGCCUCCCCUGUUCACAGCUCCCCCACCGGUCACAUCUCAGAUGCCAGUGGACAGGAGUCAGACUCCAACGUCUCUCCAUUCUGCAUCCAGCCCAGACUGUCUGACGGUCCACAGUCCAACGACCACCAGGACGCCGUCUUCAGUCCGACCAGCACCCAGUUUGAUUUUAGUCCCUCCAACCUGGAGCCACGGGAGGAAGAUCAGGAAGCCUUCAGCAGCAGGAUGGAGGUGCAGUGUGCGACCGACAUCCAGAGCGAAGAUGACCAGGGAGGAGAGGUGGAGUGUGAAGAAGACCCUCUGAACUGGCAGAGACUGGUGAGCCGAGGCGUCCUGGCAAGCUUAAAGCCGCAAGAGAUCAACCGGCAGGAAGUCAUCAACGAGCUGUUCUACACCGAGCGAGCCCACCUGCAGAAGCUGAAGGUGCUGGACUGUGUUUUUUACCAGAGGCUGAACAGAGACGGCAUCCUUCCACCAGAAGACAUCAAACACAUCUUCAUCAACCUUGAGGACAUCAUCCAGCUGCAUGUUUCUAUAACAGAGCAAAUGACAGCGAUAAGGAAGAGGAGUGAGACGUCGGUGAUUGGGCAGAUCGGAGAUGAUCUCUUGGCGUGGUUCAGCGGGGAGCAAGAGGAGAAAAUAAAAAGAGCAGUGGGAACUUUCUGCAGCAACCAGCCAUCUGCACUGGAGCUCAUCAAGACCAGGAAGAAGAAAGACCAGAGGUUCAACCAGUUCAUGCAGGAGGCUGAGAGCAACCGUCUGUGUCGCAGGCUGCAGCUGAAAGACAUUAUUCCUGUAGAAAUGCAGAGAUUCACCAAGUAUCCACUCCUGCUGGAAAACAUUGCUAAAUACACAGAGGAUGGUGAGGAAAGGGUAAAGGUGAAGAAAGCUGGGGAGUGUUGUAAAAAGAUCCUCAACCAUGUCAACCAGGCUGUGAAAGAGGCUGAAAACAAGCAGAGGUUAGAGGAGUACCAGCGAAGGUUGGACCUCUCGUCUCUCAAACAGAGUGAAAACCCAAUGAUCUUGGAGCUGAAGAAUCUGGACCUGACCAAGAAAAGGAUGAUUCACGAGGGACCCCUCUCUUGGAAAGUCAAUAAGGAAAAAACAAUAGAACUGUACACCCUCCUCCUGGAAGACAUCAUGGUUUUGCUGCAGAAACAGGACGAGCGUCUGAUCCUCAAGUUUCACGGCAAGAAUCUGGCCACCGCCGCCGACACCAAACACACCUUCAGCCCCAUCAUCAAACUCAACACCGUCCUGGUUCGCCCUGUGGCCACUGACAACAAGUCUUUCUUCGUCCUGUCCAUGUCGGAGAACGGGGCUCAGAUCUACGAGCUGACGGCUCAGACGGUGUCCGAUCAGAGAACGUGGCAGUGUCUGAUCACACAGUGCGCUGACGCCAUGAAGGCCAAACCACGCGGCAGCGACAAGCCUGCAGCUCCGGCCCAUGCUGAGCGGGAUGCUAUUGAGAUCAUCAACAAUGGGAUUUCUAAACCAAGCAAAGAGCCUGAUGAGACGUCUAGUGGAAGCAUCAAUUCUGCAGAUAAAGACCCUCAGGACGUUCAAACUCCGACGACGACGAGCCUCAACCCAUUCGACGGAAUGAAGUCGGACGACGAGGAAGAGGAGCUGGCCGUGGCAGACAGGCGGCCGCAGGAGGAGGAGGAGGAAGAGGAGGUGGAGGAGCUGGAUGAAGCAGAGCUGGAAGCGUUCCUGGACGGGCAGCUGGCGGAGAGACUGCUGCAGGAAGGAUCACGUCAGGGCAUCGCCAUUGAAUGUGAAGAAGAUAUCGCGUUUGGAAAUUACUCCUCUAAAGCUGAGGAAGGUUUACGGACACUGGCGUUGCUGAAGCAGGCUCUUUUCACGCACAUGAUGAGCAGAGAAGCGGAGGAGGAGACGGAGGAGGUCAAGCAGAGCGUGGCCCCUCAGCUGAGCGCCUCUUUGCCCGAGAGUCCCGAGGCUCCUGCUCCUGCUGCUUCUUCCCGUGACCACAACCAAAAAGACGAAAACCUGCAGCUGCUCCCGUCUGGACUCACGGGGCUUUCGGAGACAACUGAAUCCAGCAGUAAUGGCGGAUUCGUGGUUCUGGAUUUUGGCGGAGGCUCAGAGGAGAGCAGCACUGACGAUGAUGUUGGAGGGGAUGUAGGGAUAGACAUGAGGAAGCUGCUGUCGUCCUCCUCCCAGACAGGAAGCGGUGGCCCCGACCUCAGCCGGCAGCUGAUGACCCACCUGCGCCUCCUACAGGCCGAUCUGCAGUAUCUGAAGGAUAUAGAAACAAAGUACAACGAGCUGCGACAAAUGCACAGCGACGGCGCUACUGACUCCGACGACAACAACACCGAGGGCAUUCAGUGAUGACCGUUUCCCUGUUUCACGUUACCGCAUCAUCGUCACCUUCCUCUGGUUCCACCCUCGGCCGGUUGACGCUCCAGUAGCGGAGUGGAAGGACUUAUCGGCGCGACCGGGACCGUUCCACUAUAAUCCCCUUCAACCAAGCGGGAGCAGAGAAGGAAUAUCAUGAACACUUUUCACUAUAAUGAUACACACUGGAUAUAUGAAAUGGAGAGGUGUUUGAAGUCACACAUAUGUACAGCAGAGAAGUUUUUUUUGUUUUAUUAAUAUUAUCUCCUUUAUUUAACCAUGUAAGAGGCUCACUGAGAUUAAAAACUCUUUUAAGAGUGAAAUGAAAUGAGACAGUGAGCAGGAGCACACUUUGGGUCAUCUACUUCAGGACUCGGUGUAAACCCUUCAGCCCUGCGAGCCAUGUACUUUAACAUGAUGAAGUGAUGAAAAAAAAAAAAAAACCUCCCCAGAGGUUGGGCGCUGUUCAAAAAGACGCCUAACAACUGCUCCCAGUGUCUCCAAAAGCUGUUCUUUAUUUGCUUUUAGCAUAUCUUUGCAUAAAACUGGAGGCAGAGGAAAAGCUCGGCUGACUCUGAAGCUCACAGAUUAACAGGCUGCGACUUGUUUGAUAAUGUUCAUCCGCGAGCGGAAAUGGAAAAAUGAUUGGUUUUGAAGGGAAUUAUGAUACAUGGACCAAAAUCUGUGUCACUCUAACUUUGUCAUCUUUCUUUUUCUGCUUUGAAUUAAUUAGCAAUUUAAGUCACAACAUGUCCAAUACUGAGUGAACUUCAGAGAUAUGUGACAGAUAUGGGUCAGCUGUUUCCUCCCUGCUUCCAGUUGUUAUGCUAAGCUAAGCUAAACUAAGCUAGCAGCGUCUCAUCAGGACUGUACUUAACGCACAGAUUAUGAGAUUGUGCUGCAUUAACACUUCUCAUUCCAACUUCAGAGGAUGGCACCAGUUAAAUAUUAAUUUAUUACGAGUUAGUUUGUUGUUAUUGUGUUAAAGACAGCGUGUGUAGCCGGAUUUUAACAAGUCAGAGAAGAUACAAAGAGUGUAAAGCUCCUUUGAAAUGAAUCAUGGAUUUUACUUCGAUGGUCAUCAAACAUUCCUAGCGUCCCAUGUGAAGUUUUUCUUUAAACACUUGAAAUUAAAGCACUAGAAAUGGUAAACUCUCACCAGGGAAUGAGCCGAAUCGGAGACCUCAUUUCAUUUGACCACAGCAGAACUCUUCUGCUCACAUCUGGACAGUCACAACCAUUUAUUUCCGCAGGAGGUACCAAAACAAAGCCAGCUGGACUUGUUUGCCAUGUACGUUAAAUUAGAAGGACAAUCGUUGAGCGGAGGAGGUGUUUGUAGGUAGGAACACGUUUCAUUCACAUACUGAUGAUUUCUUAUCUCUUCUUAUCUUCUCAUGUGUACGAUUGGCCAACGUAACGGCUGAAACGAGAUCAGCUUUGAUAUGUAGCACAUCACAUAUUGGGUUAAUUGAGGACUCACCCACCAAUCACUUAGAAAUGAAGAAGCCUCUUGGAUGAAAGGUGAAACAUCUCCAAGCAAGUCCAGUUGCCUUUGUUUUCGUGCUUAGUCAUACCAUCACCUGGAUGACCGAGAAUAGUCACAGACACGGUUGGUUAUUGGUUUUACAUAAAGUGCAUGUUAUAUAUGAUGACUGUACCGAGUAGCGACGUUGAGGCACUUUUGCAAACCACCAACAUGGCUACGUCAUUUCGGUCUUUGGACCUUGAGAAUAUCCCGGAUUCUCAAGAGCUUCAAGCUAUGCACUUGUUGUAACCGACCAAUCGGCCUCUAGAUUUUUUUCCUCUCCUGUUAUUUCAUAUUGUUAAUCGACGUGAUUGGUUGGAGUUGGCGCAUCCUCGUCCUUUCCAAACAGUUUUCGAUCACAGCGUCCCAGAUGGUUCCAUGUAACGAAGCGUGUAAAUCUAAGAUGAACCGAGAGCCUUUGAUCCUCCCAUAGCACUUGAACGUAGUAAACGAGCAAAAAUAGUCUAAUGAGGGAAAAACUAACAAAUAAAAAAAAAAAAACAACAACCGCGAAAAGAGUCCUUCAUGCUGCCUCCUGAUGGUGCAAUAACACCACUUCCCACCUUUUGUAAGAAUGUGUGCACAUGUGAACUGUACAAUUUGGAAAAAAAAAAAAGAAGUGCACUGUUAUAUGUGUCCGGCGUGACUGUAGGUUUUCACAUCUCUCAUACAUCAUGUGCACUAUUUGAGUCUUUGUGUUAUGCAUUCAUUCACUUUCAGGUUUGGACUGAAAACGUCUUCACUGGCCACGAGGCCGCACUGAUAUUGUGGCUUCGCUUUUUCUCGCAAACGCAUAAAGAAUAUAUAGACAGAAAGGACUCUUUAUGGAAUGUACAUGUACGACUGCAUCAUAUCCUACCUAAGCUCUGUCUGUGGUUUUACUUUACUCUGUUUCUUUUUUUUUCUUUUUUUCACACCAUGAAAUCAUGUAAUGUUUUAACACAAACCACUUAAAAAAAAGAGGAUAAAGUAUUCAGCAGCAUUAAUCUGUUUUAUUAAUGUCAUAUUUGUAUUGUGUUGUUAUUAUUAACCAUGUUAAUAUUGUUUUGUGUAAAAAGAAAAUGAAAGAAAAGGCAGAUGAACUUGUCAUUUUAUUUUAGUCAAUCCUUGUCAGUCAGAUAUAGGAAGCAUUAAAAUAACAACCCUAAAUGAACAUGAGGCGUCCCUUGCAAUACAUCUGCACAUCCUAAACGUUUGAAUUCAGUCUCAUCAAAAGAAGAAAUUAAAAAGUGUCAAUUUUAA